UUUCGUGCCUUUUUCUGCCUGUUUUGGUCUCUCUCAAACCCCGUGUUCUCUGCAUUUCCAUCUCCACAUCCUUCUCAUCUUUUCCAUCCAAAUUAUCUGUGUAAAUUUCUUGCGUUUAAAAUCGCUGGACAAGUUAAUUGUUGCUGUAAAGUAUCUGCUUCUACGGCCGUUCUACAUCUAUUCACACUGUUUGUGCUUUUUUCCGUCUGGGAUUUCCCGGUUCUGGCCUGAAUUUUGCUGAUUUCCACCCCUUUCGUCGCAACCUGUCUUCAGAUCACUGCAGAACUGAUCUUAUUUAAUUGAGGUGUGUUUUAUAAUCGUUAGAGAGAGAAAGAUGGCAGCGGCGGGCAUUGGUUGGAGUUAGGGGUGUGUUUUAUAGAUCAGAAUUUUUAAGCGACAAAAUCAACUUGCAAAUUCAGUUCAGAUUAAGAUUUUUAAGCGAGAAUCAAGUUCUAAAUUCAAUUGAGUUUGACUGUUGAUAUUGGUUGCUUCGCUUCACUCUUUCAAUCUUGAUACCUUCUUUCUCCUCAAGAAGCUGUUAAUAUACACUCUCCUGAAGAAGUUGCUUUCAUAAGCUAUGUCACUGUGAGAGGUCUUUAUUUCUGGAUUACUUCAAGUGUUGUGGAAAGGGAUUAUGUAGGCUGCAAAUAAAGGAACUAGAAAUUGUUAUGAUAUAAAGCAAAAGACGAAAGUGCACGUUAUUAUUCCUUCAAUUUCAGUCUGGAUUUGUUAGCGAGCCUUCUCUCAUCUCUCUACUUUCAUACUUCCAUUCCAUCAGAGCAUGCGUUUCUCCAUCUUCAAGAAGAACAAGUCUCGUGUGAAUUUUCCUUUAAAGUUCGACGGUCGACAUUGCACAAGCUUCCUCGUGACAUUUGCUUACUUGUUCUUGGAUUGGUUGCUUCACUUCACUCUUUCAAUCUUGAUACCUUGCUUUCUCCUGAAGAAGCUGCUAAUAUACAUUAUCUUGAAGAAGUUCUUAUAAGCCAUGUCACUGGGAGAGGUCUUUAUCUCUGGUUUACUUCAAGUGUUACUUGAAAGGUUAGCAUCUCGUGAGACACUAAGCUACUUUAGACGCCUACUUGGCGUUGGCAAAGAGCUGGAGAAAUGGAAUUCAAUGUUGUCUACUAUUCGAGCGGUGCUGAAUGACGCGGAGGAAAAGCAAUUGACGAGCCAAGCAGUAAAAUUGUGGUUGGAUGAUCUCAGAAACUUGGCUUAUAAUGUGGAAGACAUAUUGGACAGGUUUUCAACCGAGAUGUUGCAGCGCCAAAUAAAAGAGAAACAUGGUGCUACCACAAGCAAGGUAUGGGGAUUGUUUUCUGAUGUUAAAUUUAACCGUAACUUGAUCUCAGAAAUAAAGAAGAUUACUGAUCGGUUACAUGAGAUAUUGGAACAAAAAAACCAACUUGGUUUACAUGAGGGGACACCAUCUGUUAAGGCAUGGCACAUGCCACCAAGUUCCCAUUUACCAGAAGGACCUAUGAUUGGAAGGGAUACAGACAAGACGAACAUUAUUGACUUCUUGUUGAAAGAAGCACUCCGUGCUGUUAACUUUCAUGUAGUUGCCAUUGUCGGUAUGCCUGGAGUGGGAAAGACAACACUUGCAAGACAUAUUUAUGAUGAUGACGAGGUGAAAGAGUUUAACCAAAAAGUAUGGGUAUCUGUGUCGGAUGACUUCAAUCUUGAAAGAGUGACAAAGGCAAUUCUUGAGGCUGCCACAUCUGGUCUUGCAAAGGAUUUCAAGGAAUUCAGCCAGGUUCAAGAAAGUUUGAGGAAUGAGCUAGCAGGAAAAAAGUUUCUAAUUGUUCUAGACGAUGUUUGGGACACAUGUGUCUAUGAUUUGUGGAUAAAAUUGCAGUCUCCUUUUCGUGUUGGAGCACCAGGAAGUAAGAUAGUUGUGACAACACGUGAUACAAAUGUUGCAAACAUGAUGGGGUCCACUAUUUAUCGAUUGGGUGGCAUAUCAGAUGAUCAAUGUUGGGAAGUCUUUGAGCAGCAUUCCCUCUUGGACAUUACCAAAAGGCCGCAAAAUUUUAAGUUGAUAAAGGAGAAAGUUGUUGCAAAAUGUCGCGGAUUGCCAUUGGUUGCAAGGACUCUUGGAGGUCUUCUACGUUGUAAACAAGUAGAAGAAUGGGAGGCAAUCUUAAACAACAAGAUGUGGAGUCUAUCAGACAAUAGUGGCAUUCUCCCAGUAUUAAAAUUGAGCUAUCACCAUCUCCCUUCGAGUUUGAAACGAUGCUUUGCCUAUUGUUCUCUACUUCCAAAUGACUAUGAAUUUAGGGAGAAGCAGUUGAUCCUUCUGUGGAUGGCAGAAGGUUUGAUUCAACAAAGAGUAGAGGACAAGAAACAGCUGGAAGAAGUAGGCAGUGACUAUUUUCAAGAGCUAUUGUCCAGGUCAUUAUUUCAAAAGGCAAGCAAAAGCAAUGAUAAGUAUGUAAUGCAUGACCUUGUUGGUGAGUUGGCACGGUGGGCUGCAGGUGAAAUAUGCUUUUCAUUGGAGGACAAGGGAAAUGUUGACUUGCAUCCAAUGGCUCGUCAUAUGUCUUAUGUCAGUGGUUACUUGGAUGGGGUUAAAAAAUUUGAGGCCAUAUCCAGAGUUAAACGUUUGAGGACAUUCCUGUCAUUUCGGCCUUCAGAAUUUGAUAAGAAUUAUCUAACUCGUUGGGUUACAUUUGACCUAUUGCCAGAAAUGCGAAUCUUACGAGUGCUUUCUUUGAAUGGUUAUGGAAUAACUGAGUUGCCCAAUUCAAUUGGUAAAUUGUGGAAUCUACGGUAUCUGGACCUUUCUUACACAGACAUAACGAGUUUGCCUCCAUCAACAACCACUCUUUGCAAUCUGCAAACAUUGUUAUUAGAAGGUUGUUUUCAAUUGAAGGCUUUGCCCGCAAACAUGAGUAAUCUAAUUAGUUUGCGGCAUCUCAACAGUUUUCGUGGAUUGGAAGGAAUGCCUCCGCAUCUAGGUCGAUUGACGAAUCUGCAAUCCUUGUCAUAUUUUGUGGUAGGCAAAGGUAGUGAUCAGUCUGGGAUAAGAGAGAUAGGGUCCCUAUCACAUCUUCAAGGGACAUUGCACCUCUCAAGAUUGGAGAAUGCGGUUGAUGCUAAGGAUGCUAGUGGGGCCAAGUUAAUAGACAAGGAGGGGCUUGAUUCAUUGAAGCUGGAAUGGUCUAAUUUGAGCAGAUCGAGGGAAAUGGAGUUGGGUGUGCUUGACAUGUUACAACCUCCUAAAAAUCUCAAAGAGCUCACUAUUAUGGGUUAUGCUGGAUUGAAAUUUUCAUCGUGGAUUGGAGAUCCUCUGUUCUCUAAAAUGGUGUGUGUAAGCUUAUACAAUUGUAGAAAUUGUCAUCUCUUGCCACCAGUUGGACAGUUUCCUUGCCUUAAAGAACUUCAUAUCACGAGAAUGACUUCUGUGGAAAUCGUUGGUCCCGAAUUCUACGGAGAGGGUAGCUUGCCUUUUCGAGUAUUAGAGAUUCUUGAGUUUUUGGAGAUGGGGCAUUGGGAGAAAUGGCUGCCUUUCGAUCACGAUAAGGGAAGUGGUGUUUUCCCUAGCUUAAAAGUGCUUUCAAUCAAAGAGUGCCCUAAACUGGAGGGUGAGUUGCCGAAGAAACUUAAUUCGUUAGCAAAGCUUGAGAUUGCUAGAUGCAAGGAAUUGGUGGUUGAGAUUGACAAUUAUGAACACACGAGUGAACUAAGCAUCGAUGGUGGCAAAGCGCUAGUGCAUACUACCGCUGAGGUUGACUUUAAGUUUUUAGACACCUUGUGUCUUUCAAACAUUUUGGAGCCGCGAUUGCAAGCAAGGGGACUUACGAAAGCAUUAGGCAAGAUUAAGAAGUUGAACAUUAGUGGUUGUGAGGAGCUGACGUCUUCAUUGAAAAAUGAGGACGGAUGUUUCCCACAACUGAUUUCUCUUGUUCGUUUGGUUAUUGAACGCAACUCUGCCCUUGUUGAAGAUCUCGGAAAAGAAUUGGAGGGGUUGCUGCAGGUUCCAAUAUUAGCUUGUAAGCUUGAAUAUCUGGAAAUAAACUAUUGUGGAAGUCUUUCGAAGCUGCCGAAGGGGUUGCGUCAGUUGUCGUCUCUUCAAGAGCUUCACAUACGGCAAUGUUCAAGUCUAGUUUCUUUUCCAGAUGUUGGCCUGCCACCUUCUCUUAAAGUCUUGGAGAUUAGGAAUUGUGACUCUCUGAUGUAUAUUGCAAAAUAUCAGAUUCCCCAAAAUCUGAAAAGAAUAGAGAUAUGGAGGUGUGGAAGUUUGAAAUCAUUAGUGGAGGAGGAGAAUGAGCUCGUUGUUUCUUGUUCAUCUUCCUUUUCUGUUUCUCUUGAGCACUUGCGGAUAUCUCUUUGUCCAUCUCUGACAUCGUUAUCACCGAGAGGCCAGCUUUACAGGGCGCUUAAACACCUUGAGAUAGAGGAAUGUGAAGGGCUAGAGUUAAUAACAUCAGAGCGGUUCUUCCCCGACAAUACUAAUAAUUGUCUUGAAUGUAUUAACAUUGCCAGGUGUCAAAAUCUGAAAUCCUUACCGGAGGGCCUAUGCCACCUCACCAAUCUUCAAGCUUUUAUUGUUAGGGAAUGCAGAAAAUUGGAGGUGUCACCGGAAGACAUUCGCAAUCUCACGUCUCUUAAAGUAUUGGAGAUUGGCUACAUGGAAGGUUUGCCUUCCUUUCCUCCCAACCUCACAUCACUUGAAAUUUAUGGAGCCAAGAGUUGUAAGCAGCUCUGGGAAUCGGAGUGGGGGUUGGACAAACUCACGUCUCUCAAAUAUUUGUCGAUCAAAAGUGAAGAUCCAGAUGUGUUGUCAUUUCCACCUGAUGGGAAGGAGGAGAUGCUCCCCAAUUCUCUCACUGAACUCAUAAUUGAUGGCUUCCCAUAUCUGAAGAAACUCGGCAAUGGCAUUCAAUUCCUCACCUCUCUUCAGACGCUGCAACUAUUUGAUUGUCCAAAGCUCGCAUCCAUUCCAGAGGAAGGCUUGCCUCUUUCACUUGGGAAACUUCGGAUCGACCGGUGUCCUCUACUACAAGAGAGAUUUCAACCUGGAAAAGGACGAUACUGGCCCAAAAUAUCCCACAUUCCUUUCCUAAAAAUAGAUUUCUGAAGACCCAGGUACUUCCAGUUUCAAACAACAUCAAGCUAAAAACCCGACAUGUAAUCCAUUUACAACUUUCAUGUUGCAAGUUUUCCAUACACUCUUUCAACAUUAGCCGAUCAUAUCGAGCUUUCUCCUUGCAGCUGAUCGAGCGACCUGGUCCCUGGUGCCUUAGUGCGCGUACGUGGCACAUGAAUCAGUUCCGGCACACAUACAUAAUCGAGCUUAUGCAAACACUAUGGGUAAGUAACUUUCUGAUAAUCUCCUGCCACAGGGAGUAGAGAGAGGAACAUGCUGAAACUGGAAAUACAUUUAUCAUUGCAUAUUAUCUAUUUAUAUCUGUGGUUAUGUAAGAAUACCCAAUCUUUCAAUAAAUUGUGAAUAUAUACAGCUAUCUUCUAUGCCACGACGAUGAAUGAAUCAAAUAUUUUACGAGUCUUUCUCCAAA